UUGUAAAGUUCAGGUGCUUUUGCUUUGCCACGGACUAUGCACCGGAGGCGGCUGAGCUUGAAACAGGAUAGCAGUGUGAACAGGCAGCAAGCUGGUAAAGGGACAUUAAUUAAUCAUCAAUAAGAAUCAACAAAGCCUUGGGUUGAUGGUGCCAAGUGGCCUAUCCAACGGCGUGGGGUAAAGUACGCUGACAGCAACUGGAACCUGUUCCUUCACACUGGUGGGAUGCAGCAUGUUUCAGCAUCACAGCUCUGCAGGAAGGAAAUCUGAAUGGUUGGAAGUGGAACCAGAAUCUCCCCAGACACAACAUGCACCCGUGAAAGAGGGAUUGCUUUCCCCCCGGAGAACAGAGCCCCAGCCAGAGUCAGGAUGAAAGCCCUGAUCCUCAGAAGUCCGUUCCUCUCUGCUCCUGCCCUGAUGGUUCUGAUUCUCAUGCUGAGCACUGAGACCAGCAGUGCCUGGAAGCAAGGUGCCCCUCGCCUUCGUCUCUCCUACAAAGACCUGCUGAGAUCAAACAGCUCCCACCUACUGCUGGGUCCAGAAGAUGGGCUAGAGUUCCAGUCACUCCUGGUGGAUGAAGACAGGGCAUGGCUGAUGGUAGGAGCCAAAAACCAUGUCUUCCUUCUGCAUCUGGACAGCCCAAGCAAACCGCCUCAGAAGAUUUUCUGGCCAGCCCCCAGAGAGCAGGUGGAGCAUUGCAGACUUGCUGGGAAGAAUGCCGAGACAGAAUGUGCCAACUUCAUCCGCCUCCUCCAGCCAUUUAACCAAAGCCAUGUGUUUGCCUGUGGAACAGGCUCCUAUCAGCCCAUCUGCACCUUCAUCCAGCUUGGAGAAAGGGAAAAGGAACUGGGGACCUCACCUAUGCAGCUGGUGGCCCACUCUAUGGAAUCUGGGCGAGGCAAAUGUCCGUACAGUCCCCACGAACCCUUUACUGGGCUGCUUAUAGAUGGAGACCUCUACUCGGGCACCUCCAUUGACUUUAUGGGUAGUAGUGCUGCCUUCUUCCGAACCGGGGUUCACGGGGCUGACCAGAACUACAUCCGAACAGAACAGAACCAAGACCACUGGCUAAAUGAGCCUGUGUUCAUUGGGGCCUAUGCCAUUCCUGACACCUACAAUGCCCACGAUGACAAGGUGUACAUCUUCCUUCGUGAGAUAGCCCUGGAGGCCGGCCCAUGGGAGAGACGCCGCAUCCACGCCCGGGUAGCCCGGGUAUGCAAGAAUGACCUGGGUGGGAAGCGCAGUCUGAUCAAUCGCUGGAGCACGUUCCUCAAAGCCCGGCUGGUCUGCUCCAUCCCGGGGCCCCAAGGCACUGAGACACACUUUGAUCAGCUAGAGGAUGUCUUCCUCCUCCACACCCGAAACCCCCAGAGCCCUCUCAUCUUUGGCCUCUUCACUGUCUCCAGCAGCGGGGUCUUCAGUGGCUCUGCUGUAUGUGUUUACUCCAUGGCUGCUGUGCGAGCUGCUUUCAACGGGCCCUUUGCACACAAGGAAGGCUUUGACUACCGCUGGGUGGAGUACAAGGGGCGGAUCCCCUACCCCCGUCCAGGAACGUGCCCCAGUGAAACAUAUGACCCUCUUCUCCAGUCCACUAAGGACUUCCCCGAUGAUGUGAUCAGCUUCAUGCGCACCCACCAGCUGAUGUGGGAGCCCAUCUAUCCGCUUCGCCACAAGCCCAUCCUAGUGAAAGUCAAUGUGCCCUAUCGGCUGCGGCAGCUGUUGGUGCACAGGCUGGAGACAGAGAACAGACACUACGACAUUCUCUUCCUUGGCACAGAUGAAGGCAAAGUGCUGAAGGUGGCAGUCGCCAGUGGGGGAGGCCAGGACAGUGAGGAGAUCAGCCUGGAGGAGAUCAGCAUCUCUAAGGUGCCCUUGCCCAUCCUGGACAUGCAGUUUUCGCCGAAGCGGCAGGAGCUAUUUGUGAGCAAUGCCCAUGGGCUGGUCCAACUCUCCCUGCAUCGCUGUGAGCUCUAUGGCAAGGCCUGCACCGACUGCUGCUUGGGCAGGGACCCCUACUGCACCUGGGAUGGCAAGGCUUGCAGCCCCCACCCGCUGAUUGAGAAGAGGCGAGCGCGGUGCCAAGAUGUGCUGAAGGCUGAUCCAGCCAGCCAGUGCCAGGACACCACAGAGGGGCUCCCUGCAGCCGAGGAAAAGCUGGUGUUCGGGGUGGAGAACAACUCCACGUUCCUGGAGUGCGCGGCCCACUCUCCUCAGACGGCCACGCGGUGGCUCAUGCAGCACAGCAGGGCAGCAGUGCUGGAAGAGGUUAGGAAGAACGACCGCAUCUCCAUCCUCGAGCAGGGGCUCCUGAUCCGCCAGCUGGCGAGAGAGGACGCAGGGCUGUAUGAGUGCCAGGCGGUGGAGCGCUCCUUCUCCCGCCCCCUUGCACGCUACACCCUCCGUGUCAUUGGGCACGAGGUGAUGGAGGCCCCACCUUCCAAGUGGAGCAAGGCCAUGGAGGCAGGAGGGAGCCGCCAGAGUGCCAUGCCUGGCAUCGCAGAGCAGUUCCACUACAAGGGGUACCCACGGGCCCUGGGGCCACCAGGCACCAGCCUCAGUGAAUACUGCAGUGCUCUGCGGCACCAGGAGAGGCAGCGGCAAAAGGCCUGGAACCAGAAGUGGCAGCAGCACUCCCUGGAAGGCAAGAAAGGCAGGGUGCGCCGGCAUCCUGGCCCCACUCAGCACAAGGAAGCAGCUUGAAACUGCUCUGAUCUUUGUGCCACAUGGGCUCAGGAGGGCAUGAAAGCCUCUCUCUCUCUGGUUGGCUGUGUGCCUGGGGCCUUUCUAAAUGCCCACCCUGCCUGCCACUACCAGCUCCAGAUGCUUGCUCAAAAACUUAAGGACCUGCUGUUGACUACCUCAGACAUGACUUUGCCCUUCUCCCUUCUUUUCCUGAGCCUGGUGGGGAUGGUGAAGACACCAGAAACACUGGGACACCCACAGCCCCAUGGAACAGCCAAGUCUGGCAGUGAGCAAGUACAGGGGACCCAGCCCCUGCCCUGGAGCAGGCAGCUGGUUACAAAGCCUGCUGAGCAAGACUGACCUGACCAGGGGAUUGACAGUAUCUACAUACCAUGAAGUAUUUAUUCCCUGCAUUUUUCUCGUUAUUUUUCUUAUGAUUCUUCUUAAAAAUAAAUACUGAAGAGGAAGAACGGCCCCUCCUGUUUCUUGCCAGCCACUUGCAGGCUGCCAUUACAUUGCAUGAAAUGCAGACCUAGUCCCAAUGUGGGCUGCCCCCCAGUCCAGCCCCUUGGAGGGGGCCUUGCAAGGCAGGACGCUGCCUGGUACAGUGGCUGGAGCACAGGGCAGGGCAAGGCAGCUCUAAUCCCAGUUCUACUUGGAAAGUGCCUCAGGCAUUGACUAAUUUUCCCUGUGGAAGUGGCAGGUGGAAACAGGACAUGCUGGGGCAGUUCAGCAGGGGCAGUUCAGAUCAGACACCGUCUUCACAGACCUCAGAGAUGCAAACAUCUCUGGCCUCUGUGGGCCUCUUCCACAGCAACGAGCUUGGGCAGAGGUCAUUCUCCAAACCUGCAGGAAAAAUCCUUUCCAGUACUGUUCUCCCAGCUGCACUGGGUAUUCCUGCAGGUUCAGGCUGGCAGCUGCUUCGCAGCUCACCCCCGCUCCCACCUGGGGGCUUGUGAACCAGCUUAUCUAAAACAAGGCCACUACCUCACUAAAUGCACUUUGUAACAAGUAAGGGUCAGCCCUGGGCUGCUCCUGCCAGGGGGAAAAUCCUCUGCAAUAAGAAUACCCUUGCGCUACAUUGUCAAGAGCGUCAGACUUUAGCAGGUGAAUCAAAGCAACUGAGCAAAGCAACCAGUCAGUGGCUGUUUGACAGGGACUAGAUUUAACUUAUUGUUGACCACAGUGAUGGUUCCUUGAGCCCCACUUCCACAAUGCACCGCAGGUUCCAGUAAGUCACUGACUCUUAACACAUGUGCCAAGGUGCUCUGCUGAACUGAGUGAUCCCUUAUUCCACUCCCUCCAGCACAAUCAAGCUCACUAAGCCUCUUCUGACACCCCUGGCACCCAGAGCUGGGGCUGAGAUGAGUGCAUGUGCGCAUGAACAUCCAUACCAGACCUCCUGCAGCCCAAGAUCCCUGCUCUGGUUCUGAAUGUUUCACAGCAGGAGAAGCAAGUGAUCCCAUAGGCAGCUAUACCAAGUUACAAUUUAUUUUUUUAAAAAAUGACAUGAAACACAAGUAAAAAUAAAUACAUCAUAUAAACAACAAAUUGUUCAAAGUCUCUGUUCUGGGAAAUCAGGCGAGCACAUCCCGCUAGACAGAGAAGAGGGAAGCACAUGAUCGUGCGUGCAGCCGCCCGAGCGACCCGCCGUGCUACAGACAUGCCUCCUUCCAAUCACAAAAGACAGGCCACAAACUAAGGCGGUAUUUAAAAAAAAACAAAAA